AUGAUUGGAAAAUUGGUCGUCCUCUCCGCAUUGGUGGCUGUAGUUUUAGCCCAAGCACAACAGUGGCCCGCCGGUCUGAACCCGGCCGCCUGCCCCAACUACCCCAACUGCGACAACACCGUCGUCGCCCUGUACGGCGGUCUGCCCUACGCCGCCCCCGUCGCCCGCUCCUACCCCGCCGGAGUCCCCGCCGCCGCCUGCCCCAACUACCCCUUCUGCGGAUCCGCCGCCGCCCCGGCCGGCUACGUCGCAAGGGAGUACCCCGCUGGAGUCCCCGCUGCCGCCUGCCCUAACUACCCCUACUGCUAA